CUAUAAGCUGUCAAAUAAACAUCGGGCUGCUCCUAACAACUUGCAAGGAUGGAGCAGCUUUGACAUGGCAAGAUGUUUGAGAAGAUUAUGGCCAGAUAACUUAUUUGGUAAUGAGGGCAGGUGACCAAAUGCUUGCUUAAGCAAUGUGGUAAACAAGACAGUGAGGAGGAUAAGAAGGUAUUAUCCAUAGGGAGAGAUUGGGUGAACUUGAUUUUUUUUUCCAGAGCACUGGAGACUGAGGGGAGACCACAGAGAGUAUAAAAUAAUAUGAGAGGCAUAGACAGGGUAGACAGUCAGAACCUUUUCCCCAGGAUGGAAAUACCAAAGAGUAAAGGGCACAGUUUUACGGUGAUGGGGCAAAGUUUAAAGGACAUGUGCAGGGCGCUGCUACCAUAAAAUUAUCUGAUUUACCCAAAGUUAAAUUGAGAUAUAUACAUUUGUUAGACUCAUGGAAAUUAAAUAAUAAUUUUACUUUCUUAAAUAACUAAAAUAUUUUAUUACAUUCAAAUUUUAAAAUUACAUUAAAAUAAAGGAAGUGCUAAAAAUUGGCAGUGCAGUGUAAUCAUGGAAUUGCAUGAUGGAUUUCCAAGAGCUUCUUGUUUCAAUUCAUCCCAUGCAAAGAAUUGUCAAAUACAAACACUUUACUUCAGACACACAAAGGAUGGUGGGUGUAUGGAACGAGCUGCCAGAGCAGGUAGCUGUGGCAGGAUCUGUGGCAACUUUUAAGCAAUUAGACAGGUACAUGGAUAAAACAGGUUGAGAGGGACAUGGCCAAACGCAGGCAGGUGGGAUUUGGUACUAGUGCAGGUGGGACAUGUUUUGUCAGUGUGGGCAUGUUGGGCCGAAGGGCCUGUUUUCACGCUGUAUGACUUUGUGACACGGUCAGGAUGAAUGUGGGGGUUAGUUAAAUCGUUUAAAUGUAAUUAGUGAAAUAAAUUUGUAUCCAGUUCCACCUGCUUCGAUAUUUGUUGUUAAAUUUAACCGUUUCCAGUCCACAUUUAAAAAACAAAGAUAGACUUCCAAUGCCCGGUUGUUACGGUUUAUCGCUAAUUUUUCCAACGGUAUAAAUGCUUACUAAACACGAUUCUGUGAUUUCAACGCAAAAAUAAAUCCUAGGACGCAGGCGACAUUGGCGGCGGGCGUCCAUACAAAAUGUGUAUUUUAGUGUGGGAAUUAACUGCCAAUGCUCUUAAACCAACAACCUGUGCAUAAAAUAUGUAGGAGGGAACUGCAGAUGCUGGUUUAGACCGAGGAUAGACACAAAAACCUGGAGUGACUCAGCGGGCCAGACAGCAUCUCUGGAGAAACCCAUUCCUUUUCUCCAGUCCGACCCGCUGAGUUUUACUCCAAUUUUUUGUGUCAACCUAGUUGGGUUUGCCGCUGAGCCUCUGGGGAUUGAUUACAACUGACCAGGUCACGCAAUGUACUUUCAUCUCGUAUCAAAUUGAUUUUGUUCCUCGCGGUUGCAAAUUGCCCAGUAACUCAUUUCAAUGUCGUUCGCUUUUUUUUUGUGGCAAGAGUGUUAUGUAACAACUUCUCGGCGCGUCUAUCGCUUCUACACAUCUAAAGGCUUCAUUAUAAUGAAACAUCGAAACUCCCGAGUAACGCUGAAUAAUUGGACAAUUGCAAGGAACAAAAGAAACGCCGUGGAACACGGAGUAACAAGUAAAAUUCCCGUUGUCUUACAAAACUAAUUACUACCUGUCAUAUUGAUCAGGAAUAGGUAGAAUUAGUGAAAUAAUGACUUUCGAUCUGUCUGGGACAGUAUGUGGGUCGCUGCGCAGGGAAUGGUUCUGUAUAAAGGGCGGGCGAUUGACUUAUCAAGCAUCUCAGUAGCCAUGAAGUUCCCAAUCACAGCGUUGCUGGCGGCUGUGGUCCACUUGCCAGUGGUCAUGGCGUUCUCGCCCGCUAACUGGACUUGGCGUGUGUUGGAAACUAAACCAGGCCCCCUGCCGACCAGAAGGGAGGUGGCAACUUUCAUCCGCAGCCUGGAGGCUCGUAACAUCAGCUUGAGCCUGCCCUCGCAUAUGAUCAACCUGUACCGCAGUUCCAACUCGAGGAACUACACUGGUCUCUCCACUCACGAAAGGCCCGUGCUGCCGGAGGCCGACACCGUGCGGAGCCUGGUGGCGAAAAGUUUCCGUCACAACGGGAGCCGCUGGAUUGUCACCUUUGACAUGUCGAGCCUCGCCGCCAACGAGCAGCUUCAGUUCGCCGAGCUGAGGAUCAGUGUGCCGGCCUUCGCCGAGUCCUGCUCGCUGCUGGAGAUCCGCCACCACUCUCAGUACCCGUGUGGCCCCAGCGUCUGCCAAGACCAGCUGGUCCUGGGAUCCUUCCCUCCCGACUCGGCGCUGGAGGACUCGGCCGGCUGCGCCGUGUACAACGUUACCGACAUCCUGCGGCGCUGGAUGAGCCGCGGCCAGGGUGAGAGUGGCGACCUUCCGCCGACAGAGAGCCUGGCGUGCAAGAGGAAGCGGUCGCUGCCGGACCCCAUGGCCAAAGCCAAGCCCGAGAGCAAGGAGAUGGCCUUACUCUUGGUGUUCUCCCGGAGAGCAGAGCGCAGUUGCUCGGGGACAUCCUCGCUGCUGAAAGACGCUAAAGGUUCCAGGCGAGUGCGGAGACCCCACAAGAGGAAAGGUGGGCGGCGAAAGCAGGGGGGCAAGUCUGGCCGGGGCCGGGGCCGGGGCAAUGACAGAGGCCGGGGUAGGGGUAAGGGUAAGGGCAGAGCGGGGCGCAGCGGAGCCCCUCGCCACCGGCACGCCCGCCACCACGGCAAGGCGGGCAACUCGACUCCGUGCCGGAGGGUCAAAUUUGAAAUUAAAUUUGGUAAAAUCGGCUGGGGUGCCUGGGUGAUCUUCCCCAAGGUGUACAACGCUUUCCGCUGCCAGGGGGAGUGUCCCAUUCCAACCGGAGAGGAUGUUAAACCCACCAACCAUGCCUACAUGCAGAGUUUGCUCAAAUUCCAUCAUCCAUCGCUGGUGCCUUCCCCUUGUUGUGUCCCCACUAAAAUGAGUCCAAUGAGCAUGCUGUACAUAGAAAAGGGCGAGGUGGUGUUACGCCACCAUGAGAACAUGGUGGUCCGAGAGUGUGGAUGUCGUUGACUUACCUCCCCGCAUUAACCUCACGUGUCAAGACAAAAGCCUGUGUGGUAUCGGCACGUGGCUGUGUUUAACGCAUUACUCUGCACUCACGGCCCCUACAGUUCAACAGCUAACUGGUCAAGCAGUCCUGGGCACUGGUGGGAGGAGUAACCUUUCGUGGAAGUAAAAGCGCGUGGAUCGAUUAGUAGAACUGGGUCCAGCAGUCAAAUAUUCAACAGACAUUGGCGAAUGGUAGCGAAACUACAUCCAGACAAACAUUGAUGCCUCCCACGGAAGAUGUGCAAAGCAGAUGCAAGGGGAAAGAAAAUGCAAACAAGUUAAAACUGCACUGUUGUACAUUAUCUACAUUUGAAAAUGUUCCUUAUUAUAUUUUUAUAGCUCAACAUAUAUGACUGUAUAAUCAGCAAAAUAUUUAUAUUAAAAAUCUUAUCCAUACUGGAGCUGAUUCUUGUGUUAUGCAUUUGGUUUUCUUUUAAUAGCUGCACAUUUUCUUUGAUAAUUCCAGUGAUAAGGGCAGCAUGCAAGUGAUUAAUAAAGACAACAGGAGUACAAGUUUAGUCAAGUUUUAACUCGUGUGGCCUGUACACCUGGAGUGAGAUAAAGUAAUCCAUCAGGAGCACCCCGCGUGAUAAUUGUCCAGCAUGCUGAUAUAUAUUGUAAAGUUAUAUAUAUGUAAAGCUUAUAUACACACAUGUACAUUCACAUGUAUGAUCCUUAGUAGAGUUGAACAUUAUGGGGGAGCGGCUUAAAUUAGUUGCACCAGAGGUCAGGGCCAUGUACAUGUUAGGGCUGAGCUCCCCGAUUGUCAUGGAGUCUUCAGAAGAGAAGAUGAUGUUCUCGAUGCUGCUGGGAACCAGUCGGCAUAAAAGCCAAGGGUAUUGAUGUUUCUUUCACAGCCUUUGAGCACUAUUGAUUUAUUAAGAUGGGGAAACUGGCUGCUUAAGGGGACAGGGGAUUUGGAGGCUGUACUGGCUUUCAGAUGAAGCCUCUAAACUAAAACUAGGCUAUCAAACUGUACAACCUUACCCCUUCUGUCGUGGGAUAGAUAGAGACUGACCCACUCCUCCACAGUCUUUUCCACUGCUCACUUUAAUUUCAUGUAUUUUGUGUUUUUAUCACUGUUGGCAAAUCAAUUUCCCUCCUACGAUAAUUAGGGGUCAGAAAAGGUCCCAACCCAAAACAUCACUUGUCCAUGUUCUCUGGAGAUGCUCUGGUUCGAUGGAGGCGGAGAGAAAUAUAUAACAUUAUGAGUGGUAUGGGUAGGGUAGACAGUUAAAACCUUUUAACCUCCAGGGUGAAAAUGUCAAAGAUUGGAUGGCACAAUCUAAGGUCAGAGAGUAAAAGUUUAACGUAAUACAUUGCUGGGGGUGAUAGUGGAAACUGAUAGGGUCGUGUCAUUCAAGCGGUUGUUAGAUGGACCCAUGAAUAGGCAGGAAAUGGAAGGGAUACGGAGCACAUGCAAGCACCAUAUGUGCGGGGAUCGCUGGUCGACUCGGUGGACCAUUGGGCAUGUUUCACCGCUGUAUCUCUAAACUAAGCUAAAAACACUAAUUAGAGAUAAGUUUAAGUACAGACAUUUGAGACUAGUCAUUCACCCCAACUGUUUGCAAUCGGUUAGCUAUCCUCUCUAUCCAUGCUAAUAUCAGCUGUAUUGUCCCCAGCCCUCGUUGCAACACUUUACUGAUGUGUUUUUGGGAUUCCAAAUACACUUAAUCUACUGGGUUCCCCAUUGACCACCUUGCUAGUUCAAUACAUCCUCAUUUGUCAACCAUUUCUCUUUCACACUGCAAUCUUGAAUAUUAUGAAUGCAAAUAUCUCACUACUACUUCCUUAAGAAGUUUCAACAUUCCAAUCAUGCUGCCAGGAUAACUAAAUUAGAAUUAUUUGCUUGCUCCCACUGUCUUUCCUUGAAUAAAGGUGUCACAUUUGUAGAUUUCCUAUGUAUCAGAUCCUCGCUGGAAUCCUGGAGAACUUCGGAAUAUCAUUACCAAUCACAGCCAAUAGAUCUUUUUUGUAAAACACGCUAGGAUUGAGACCACCAGGUUGAGGUCGGUUUUCAGCCUUUAGUCCCAUCAGAUAGCCUGGUACUUUUCGGCUAUUAAUGCAGAUCUCAUCAAUCCAGAUCAAGGGAAUGCUCACAGACCCUAUUCGGAGUGAAACCAAAAUCAUCUUUACAGGUGGGGUGCUCUAUGGG